AUGAAAGUCAGGGAGGGCCUAACUUGUUUGACCUUGACCGAUGGCUCUCAGAACAUUUCAGAGCAAGACAACACCUGGUGUACGAGGAACCAGGAAAAUGUCUGUCACCUAACAGGCGUAAAUCUCCAAAACAGUAGUAAAUCUCCAAACCACAUGAGUUCUUCUACACUGUACAUCACGGGCGACCCACAGCCAAAGGGGGAAGAACCCACGAAUAAAAAACCGAAGUCACCAGCCUGCCUAUGCUGUAAUGAACCUCACCCACUUUACAAAUGUAAUGAAUUUAAAAGAAAGUCUGUACUUGAGCGCUAUGAGCUGGCCAAGAGUUUCAAAGUGUGCUUCAAUUGUCUCAAGCAGGGACGUGAAGUUGAUAAAUGCUUGAACAAAACUCAUUGCCAAGUUACCAACUGUAAGAGACAUCAUCACAGUCUGCUACACUAUGAACGUGCAACACCUCAGCCACCGCUUAGUCAGGACCCACAAGCUCAGCCCCCGCUCUUCCCCGGAAACGUCCUAACGAAGGUGGCAACCACCAAUUCCCCCGCAGCUAAUGAGAGAGUGGUUUAUUUUAAAGUUGUGCCGGUCCAAAUACAAGGUGAAAACGGGAAGGCCAUGAUCGAAACGUUUGCCUUUCUGGAUCACGGCAGCUCAGACACCUUGAUAAAAAAAGACACUGCCGACAAGCUGAAUCUUGAGGGACCGGAGCGAUUACUUUGCCUGGGAAACGUUGAAAACAAUGGAACUCCGCAGUGCUCCAAAGCAGUGAAUCUUCUUGUAACGCCGACGGGGAAACAAGCUGUAAACAUACCUGUUAACAUCCAUCCUGUGUGGACAGUCCCCAGAUUAAAUGUCCCUCCACAGAGACUUGACAAGGAAAACUUCAGAAGAACCUGGAAACACCUUGAAGAUCGAGACAUCCCUACUGUGUCUUCUUAUCAGAUAGGCCUACUUAUUGGAGUGCAAGUUACAGAAGCCAUAAUUCAACAUGAACACAGACGUGGUCCAAAGGGCCAACCAUAAGCUGUGCGAACUGACUUUGGGAUGGACGAUUGCUGGUUUAGCGGGAGGAGUUCCUUCCCCGACAACAAGCUUAGGCUUUGUUGGACACUGUGCUACCUCAGUUCAAAUGUGACACUACAGAGUCACGAAAGAACUCUCAAACGUUUAGAAGAUGCUUCCAACUUUCGAUCUGACCUCGGCCAUUAUGAGACUGGUCUCCUGUGGAAGGAUGAAAAAGUCAUGCUCCUGAGCAAUCGUCCCCUAGCAGAAAAAAGACUUACAAAUCUAGAGCGAAGCUUGGAUAAAGACAGUGAAAGAGCUAAAGCUUACUAUCACACAGUUGAUACCUAUACUGCCAAGGCCUAUGCCAGAAAGUCAUCUCCCACCGAGAUUGUUGCCAAGGAACCCAAGAACACUUGGUACCUGCCGCACCAUGCUGUCACAAAUCCCAAUAAGCCGGAAAAGGUUCGCGUAGUGUUUGACGCUGCAGCCUCAUACAAGGGAACCUCGUUGAAUGAUCAAUUGGUGACAGGUCCCGACCUGCUGAACCCUCUCGUAGGUGUUAUCAUGAGGUUCCGACUACAUGCUGUUGCCAUGAUCGCGGACAUUGAAGCAAUGUUCUUUCAGGUACGAGUUAUCGAGAAAGACCAGGCAUCUCUAAGAUUCCUUUGGAGAGGUCCAAAUAGAGAUCAUACCCCGAGCGUCUACCAAAUGCAGGCCAUGAUCUUUGGUGCAAAGUUGAGUCCAACCUCUGCGAAUUAUUGUUUGAAGAGAACCGCCGUUGAUAACCAAAACACAAGCAGUGAAGAAGCUACCAGUACAGUCCUAAGAGAUUUCUACAUGUAUGACCUCUUGAAGUCCCUGCCCUCUGAGGCUAAGACAGCUCAGCUUGCCCUCCAGCUUAUUGAGCUUUUGUCAAGCGAUGGCUUUCGAUUGACAAGCCUGCCCCAAAGCAGACUUCAAGCUUUCACCCCACCAUUUUACAACACUCGUGUGGAUUAUUUUGGCCCGUGGUCAGUCAAAGAGAGAAGAUCAACAGUAAAACGCUAUGGUUACCUGUUCACCUGCCUGGUGACAAGGGCAGUACACCUAGAAAUUGCUCCCUCACUCGAGACAGACAGCUUUAUCAUGGCGCUGAGAAGAAUGAUGGCUAGAAGAGGAAAACCCAGAAACAUCUACAGCGACAACGGGACUAAUUUUGUAGGAGUGCCUUGA